AUGGCCAAGGAAAAUUCCACAGUGGUCACAGAGUUCCUCCUUUUGGGACUGACAGAUCGUGCAGAAUUGAAAGUCUUUCUCUUUAUGCUUUUCCUGGUGAUAUAUAUAAUUUCUUUGGUGGGGAAUCUUGGCAUGAUUGUAUUAAUCCAAAUCACUCCCAAGCUUCACACUCCCAUGUACUUUUUCCUCAGCUGCCUCUCAUUUGUUGAUGCUUGCUAUUGUUCUGCCUUUGCACCAAAAAUGCUUGCAGAUUUCUUUGAGGAGAAGGCAACCAUAUCAUACACUGCUUGUUUAGUGCAAUAUUUUAUAUUUGCAGACUUUAUUACCACUGAAGUAUUUUUCCUGGCAGUGAUGGCAUAUGACCGGUAUAUGGCCAUUGCUAAUCCAUUGAUUUAUAUGGUGGUCAUGACUAAGAGAAUGUGCGCUAUUCUGGUCAUUGGGUCAUGUAUAGGAGGAAUCAUUAAUUCACUGACACACACAAUUGGCUUAGUCAGAUUAUCCUUCUGUGGGCCAAAUGUCAUCAGCCAUUUCUUCUGUGAUGUGCCUCCACUGCUGAAGCUCUCUUGUUCUGAUUCUUCCAGAAAUGAACUAUUGCUCCUAAUAUUCUCAGGGGUAAUUGCCAUGAUGACCUUCUUGAUUGUGAUUAUCUCUUAUUUCUUCAUUGUUGUUGCCAUUCUCAGGAUGCGCUCAGCGGCUGGAACACGUAAAGCCUUCUCUACUUGUGCUUCCCACCUGACAGCUGUCACUUUGCUCUAUGGUUCUAUAAGCUUCAGUUACAUUCAGCCAAGCUCCCAUUAUUCAUUGGAACAAGAGAAAGUGGUUUCUGUGUUUUAUACCUUGGUGAUUCCAAUGCUGAACCCAUUGAUCUAUAGCCUAAGGAACAAAGAGGUCAAAGAUGCUGUGAAAAGGGUAAUGGAUAUGAGACCAUCGUUUUGCUAA